AUGAAAGUUAAGUUUCCACCAGAGAAAUAUCCAGAACACAUCAAAGGAAUAAUAAUCGAUAACGAAAGAUAUAGUAAACUAAAAGAACUGUUCGGAGGUAAUAUAGACCCUUUAGGUGUUGUGAUAGUAUUCGAUGAUUUACAUCAACCAGACCCUUCGCGAGCAGAUACAAUUAAUAUUCCGUAUGCCAUUGUGUCUGAUAAUAGAACUCAAUUCAUGUCAGAUGAGCUCAGAAGAUAUUGCAAACUGUUUAUCAUCGUACAUGUCACCACCCCGCCCUAUCAUCCAAAGUCAAAUGGACAAGCAGAACGAUUUGUUGACACUUUCAAGAGGGCGUUGCAAAAGGCGAACAGUGAAGUUAUGGACAAUAUUGCACUCCAAGAGUUUCUAAGAGCGUACCAGGUAACAUCUAGCCCGAAUACACCUUCAGGAGUGUCACAUGCAGAAUUAAGCUUUGCUAGAAAUGUCAUACGUUUUUGA